ACAGCUAGUUGUACACGUGACUUCUUGACCUGUGCGUUGCUCUUGCCUUCCGCGUCCUCUAUUGGCUCCAGGUCCGGCCAAAGAGAACCUUCUUUCGGCUUGUCCUUCGUGAGAUUAGUCUCCGCCACCGACGAGCCAGUGAUCAGGGUUGAUGCAGUUGCUGCUAGUAGCUCUUGGCUAUGCCUGCAGGAGUAGCUUGGCCUCGCUACCUGAAAAUGUUCAGUGCAAGUAUGUUGGCCAUGUUUGCUGGUGCAGAAGUUGUCCAUCGAUAUUACAGGCCUGAUCUUACAAUACCAGAAGUUCCUCCCAAGCCUGGAGAACUCAGAACUGAACUAUUGGGGCUCAAAGAAAGAAAUCAGGAAGUUCAGCCUUCACAACAGUGAUGAUGCAAGGAUUAUGUUCCUCCAUGAACUGCUCUUUAGUAUUUAUAAUUGAACCUGUGCAAUUUCAGAGUUUUCUGGCAACACUGGCUAUACAAGUCAUCUAGUGUAUGCCCAUUUUCUGGAGUCAAAAUAUUUUUACUUCCUCCCAUGCAAUACAAGGCAGUCUUUUACUUA